AGGGCUCCCUCCUCCAGAAUUUGUUCUCUCUCUCUCUCUCUCUCUCUCUCUCUGGUGGCUGCGUCACCUACCCACCCACACUCGCGCUCUCAAUGUGCGCUGAGGGGGUAGAAUUCUCAUCCUUCGCUCUGCUUUCUGCUCUGCAAUGACGGAGGAGAUCAUGUGCCAAAUCCCAGAAGGAACUGCGUCUCCUUUAUGAAGUUGAGGAACACGGCCAAUAGAUCACCCUCCGUUGCAAUGGGAGAGUAUAAUAGGUCAGAAUAUGUUGACAUUACUGAAGAAUCAUCUUGUACUAGGGGAAAUAAUUUCAGGAAAGUUUCCCUUAUACCCCUUAUAUUCCUGAUUUUUUAUGAGGUUUCUGGAGGGCCAUUUGGCGUUGAGGACAGUGUUCAAGCUGCUGGUCCCCUUCUGGCCCUUCUGGGCUUUGUAGUCUUCCCGUUCAUAUGGAGCAUUCCUGAAGCUCUAAUUACUGCAGAGAUGGGUACCAUGUUCCCUGAAGAUGGUGGUUAUGUUGUUUGGGUUUCGUCUGCCUUGGGGCCAUACUGGGGUUUCCAGCAAGGUUGGAUGAAAUGGCUUAGUGGGGUUAUUGAUAAUGCUCUGUACCCAGUUCUGUUUCUCGACUAUCUGAAGUCAGCAAUUCCGGCUUUAGAUGGUGGCUGGCCCAGGGUUGUGGCAGUAUUAGCUUUAACUUUUGUCCUCACUUACAUGAACUAUAGGGGUUUAACAAUUGUGGGAUGGACCGCUGUUCUGUUGGGUGUGUUUUCAAUCCUUCCUUUUGUGGUUAUGGGACUCGUGGCAAUUCCGAAGUUGGAGCCUUCAAGAUGGUUGGUGGUAAAUCUGCAUGAUGUGAACUGGAAUUUGUAUUUGAACACUUUAUUUUGGAAUCUAAAUUAUUGGGAUUCAGUGAGUACACUUGCUGGAGAGGUGAAUAACCCAAAGAAAACCCUCCCAAAGGCUUUGUUUUAUGCGUUGAUCCUAGUUGUUCUUGGUUAUUUCUUUCCUCUUUUAAUUGGUACUGGAGCAAUUCCACUUGAGCGUGACUUGUGGACUGAUGGGUAUUUCUCAGAUAUUGCCAAAAUGCUUGGUGGAACAUGGUUGCGAUUUUGGAUCCAAGCGGCUGCAGCAAUGUCAAAUAUGGGAAUGUUUGUGACUGAGAUGAGCAGUGACUCCUUCCAACUUCUGGGUAUGGCAGAACGAGGAAUGCUUCCCGAACUCUUCAGCAGGAGGUCACGUUAUGGAACUCCUUUGAUUGGGAUUUUGUUUUCAGCUUCUGGCGUGAUUUUGCUUUCAUGGCUGAGCUUUCAAGAGAUAGUGGCUGCAGAAAAUUUCUUGUAUUGUUUUGGAAUGAUUUUGGAGUUUAUAGCAUUUGUGCGGUUAAGGAUGAAAUACCCGGCUGCAUCACGGCCUUACAAGAUACCUGUGGGUACAGUUGGAGCCUUUCUUAUGUGCAUCCCUCCGACCAUUUUGAUUUGUGUUGUCUUGGCUCUUGCUUCUGUCAAAGUCAUGGUUGUAAGCCUAAUUGCCGUAGCUAUUGGUCUUGUACUCCAGCCUUGUCUGAAGCAUGUCGAGAAAAGGAGAUGGCUGAAGUUCUCCAUAAGUUCUGAUCUUCCUGAUCUUCAUGGUGCUAAUCAUGAGAAUUCUGAAUCUUUAAUGAGCUGAGAAAGAUCUUGUUCGGUCAUUCCUAGAUAUGUAGAAAGACAUUCAUUGCUACGGUGCUAACUGCUAAGUUUCCAUCGCAGGAUUCCUUACUCUAUGCAUUCAUCUUGGCAAGCAUUUACAAGAAGUGUGGUACGGUAGCAUUUGUAUCUCAUCAAGUUAUUAUUUGUUCAGACUCUUAGCGGUAGGCUUGUCAAGUUGUCAUCCAGUCUUUUAAGCAAUGUAUGGGAAUGACAAUGGGAAAGUCGAGGGAUUAGCACAAUAAUUGUAUAAUAUAAUACAUGUGCUAUAUGUUUCAAUAC